AUUUCUGUAGCAAUCACAGCACAGUUUAGAUUUUUCUACUUUGAAGUGAUGAUCUAGGAGGCAUCAGGAGUCCGUAAAGAAAUUGAGAGAAGUAUCAGAGUUUACUGUGAGAUUGGUUGUUGGUGAAGAUGGAGCACAUGAACAAUAAUCAUGUUGUGGUGGAUAAAUCUCCAAUCUCAGCAUUUAAACCCUCACACUCUCGCAGCAGCAGCACCGGAUCUUCUCGACAGAACUCCAGAGACUGGGAGGUGAUGACUGAUAUCCAGGCUGGUGUGAUGUAUACGGAUAAGAACAGUGUUCCGGGGCUUUGUGAAGGAUUCCUGAUGAAGAAGAGGAAGUACCCGCUGCAGGGUUGGCACAAGAGGUACUUUGUGUUGGAGAAAGGGAUCCUCAGAUACUCCAAGUCUCAGCAGGAUGUGAUGAGAGGGAAGAACCACGGUGCUCUGGACGUCAGCCUGGCCGUCAUGUCGGUCAAUAAAAAGUCCAGAAGGAUCGACCUGGACACAGGAGAUAACAUAUUCCACCUAAAGGCUAAAAGUCCAGACAUCUUCUACAUCUGGAUGACCAAACUGACAGCUCACCGCAUCUAUAAGAAGAACGAGGCUCUGUGUAUCCACCAUGAUGUCCUGCAGGUGCUCGCCAAUGGAAACAAAGCCGCCUUACCCACCGUGGCCAGUUUAGCUCAGAUCAACAGAGCCAUGAUAGACACGCUUCCUCAGUAUCAGAGCUCAGGUUCAGUGUUCCAGGCCUCCACACUGGGUUCUCCAUCUCUCUCCUCUUCACGCCUCAGCAAUAAAGUUUCUGACUGGCUUCAGCAAAAUCAGAGAACCAACGUCUGCCAACAAGAGUUGUCACGCUGUCAGUUGGACCUGGCUGAACUCGGACAGCUGAUCCAGAUGUUGCACAGUCUGGAUGGAGAUCUUCCCAUCAGCAACAUGGACCUGGAGAAGAGAAUCAGCAUGCAGAAUCUGACUUUACAAAAGCCGAAGAAGAAAGUGGGGAAAGUUUGGGGGCACAAUCGCACAAUGUCUCAUGGGAUGCUUCCUGCCUCUAAUCACAGCUGUGCGUUGUCCUCUUCCUCUGGUCUCGGUGCGUCUCUUCAGUCCAUCCCGGAUUAUGUUUACACACAGUUGUCCACUCCUGUCUGCACCUCACCUGGGAAGAAACUUCAGCAGAACAUUUAUACUGUGUCUCAGAGAGUCCAUGCAUCUCUGAAGUCCAUCCAUGAGGUAUUGAUGAUGGAGCGUGAGCGUCUGACUCAGGCUUGGACCGGGCCGGACCUGCGUCUGUCCACCUCUGACCAGCUCGCCUCCCUGUGUUCCACACUGUCUGAGCUCGAGCUGCAGUCUCGUCUCACUAAAGUUCACUCGGUGUCGCUUUCCUCCGAUUCGACCGAGGAGUCGUUCUGCACCGUGCGCCAGGAUCAGAGCUGCGAGACACGCAGCAGGCUGUCUGUCGCCGAGUCCAUGGCAGAGUAUUUCGACGCCAACGAAGUCAUCAUGUCUGAGAACCUUUCAGAAAACGAGGCUUCUGACGAAUCGGGACUGAGCGACAUCACCACGAGCAACUCUGAGCCAGAGGAAGGACACGCGGCGGUGAAUAUGAAAUACCGUGCGAGCAUCUCCAUGGCCCCAGACCUUCCCUCCAGCGUGCCGAAGGAGACGGGCCGGCGCACGGUUCUCCCUGCACACUGCGCCGAUAACAGCCACAUCGGCAUCCUUACCAUCCUCUACAACAACAUCGGGAAGGACCUGUCUCGCGUCUCCAUGCCCGUCGCUCUGAACGAACCGCUCAACUUCCUGCAGCGCGUCAGCGAGGAGCUCGAGUACUCCGAACUGCUGGACAUCGCCAACCGCACCGACGACCCCUACCAGAGAAUGCUUUACGUGGCAGUGUUCUCCAUCUCAGGUUAUGCCUGGGCCUCUUGGAGGAAUCGCUACAAGCCCUUUAACCCUGUGCUGGGAGAGACGUACGAGAGCCUCAGGGAGGACCGUGGUUUUCGCUAUGUUGCCGAGCAGGUGAGCCAUCACCCUCCUAUCUCUGCGUGCCAUGCCGACUCUGAGAACUUCACCUUCUGGCAGGAUCAGAGGUGGAAGAAUAAAUUCUGGGGAAAGUCGGUGGAAAUCGUCUCGACAGGACCGGUGAACGUCGCACUGCCCAGAUAUGGAGAUCACUAUGAGUGGAAUAAAGUGGUGACCUGCAUCCACAAUGUCUUCAGUCAGCAGCGGUGGCUUGAGCACUACGGUGACGUCGUGAUCCGAAACCUGAAGAGCGACGUCUGCUCCUGCAAGAUAUCAUUCGUUAAGUCUCGUUAUGGCGGUGGGGAAAAUAAAAACGAGGUCAAGGGUGUGGUUCUGGACCAGGCGGGGAACGAGGUGCAUAGUUUUGGAGGUUCGUGGCAUGAAGGCAUCUUCUGUGACACUCUUCCCGAACCACAAUGCCUCUGGAAGCCCAAUCCUCAGCCUGAAGAUUAUUUUGAUUAUUAUGGGUUUUCUUACUACGCCCGAGAACUUAACGAGCUCACACCUGAACUAAAAGAAGUCCUACCACCUACAGACACACGGUUCCGCCCGGACCAAAGACUUCUCGAGGAGGGUAAAGUGGCUGAGUCGGAUAAGUGCAAGGAUGAGGUGGAGGAGAGACAGAGGGAGCGGAGGAAAGAACUGGCUAAGAGAGGACAGGAACACAUCCCUCGUUUCUUUAGGAAAACGGUUGAUCAGGAUGGACGAGAGGUCUGGGUCUCUAAUGGGACGUAUUGGAAUAUCCGGGAGAACCCUGGCUUUGUGAACACUGAUAAUCUGGAGUUGUGGUGAAAUGGACGUUUGUUAUAGAUUUAUACGAUAAAGAAGUGCAAUAAAUUUGGCUCCUGAUGAUUUGAUCCUGUACAGACUCAUGUAGGACAUUUGAUGCGAGUCAGAAGAUCGGCUGUUGGAGGACAGGAGUGAGGGAUGGGGUAGGGAGAGGGAGGUAUGACCAUGAACCGUGUGCAUUCGUUCGUUCACGGUGAUGAUGCCAGUGAGGAGCGAGUGAUUUCCUGAUUUAUUUAUUUAUUUCGAUGAUGCUCCUCUCGUUCCCUCUCCUUCUCUCUCACUCUCUCCGUAUGAGUUCAGCUGGAGAACCUGCACCACAUGUAAUCACAGCAGUUUUAGGUUUAUUUUUUAUAUUGGAGGUAUUUUUAUUAAAAAAAAAGCUCUGUACAAUAUAAACAGGGGAGGGGAUUUGUUUUUUUGUCCUGAAACACACACAUGACUGUGUGUUUGUGUGCUCAUGAUGAUGAAGGAUGAUGAUGAAGCACAUUUUGAACACUGGACCUGUUUCUCAGCAUUGCUGAUUGUGUAAAUAAUCCUCAUUUGUUUUGUGUGUGUGUGUGUGUGUGUGUGUGUGUGUGUGUGUGUGUGUGUGUGUGUGUGUGUGUGUGUGUGUGUGCGCGUUUUAGUGAAGAAUCUCUGACUUUGUAAUUAAACAUGGAACUGAAUAAAAUGAGGGGAAAUAAA